CGCGCCGCCAAAGAGAAGCGACUUUUUGAUAUCCAGCAGUCUUUCAUCCAGCUAUGGACAACACCCCGAGUAUCUUUAUUCCAGCAACAAGUGCAUCAAUUGCCUCCCCGUUCAAAGGAGGUAUUUCAACAUGUACGUUCCACUUUCCACACCAUCUCUUCCAUUUAUGUGAACAGCCCCAUCUGCGUUUUGUUUUAUUUCAAUUCUAUCUUCUCAAAAUUUUCGCCUGCCUGGAUUUGUAACUUCAAACCAUACUAAUGUCCUUUUCUAAUUUAGUGCUCAACACUCUUCAAUAGCUGCAUGAUAUAUUCCUAUAUCAGCAUGUGGCCCAACCAAGCCGCGGAGACCAGUACGUUAUCCGCCUUGGACAUUGACCAACGUAUAUCGGCUAUCCUCUCCACUGCCAAUGAGAUCACUAGCAUGGGCAGGUACGAUCUUCGAUUUAUCAUAUUCCCUACCUUCAUUGCUGGAGUAGUCGCUACUUCGCCUACCCAUAAGAUGAUAGCACUCGAUAUACUGUCUAAUUUCGAAGCAAACGAUGGAGUUGGUCGUAAUGUUGCCACUACUCGUCAGUUAUUGCAGACGGUAUAUCAGCAUCAAACAAACGCCUAUUUGAGAUGUGGUCAUACAUUUGACGUUGACUGGCUUGAUGUCAUGGCUAAACAGGGACUACAGUUGGUUAACUUUGGUUUAUAACCGAUAUCUCAUCCUUUCCUUUCCUAUUUGUGAUUUUAAUUGACUUAUUCCCCUUUGAGUCUCUGAUAGCAUUUGUGCACAAUUGGUGUUAGCGGUGCCUGUUUUGAAUUACUAGUAAUUUUGGGCAUGGGAGCGAAGCAUUUUUGGACUCUGUUUUUGUAUAACAUUCCUUUGUUUUCAUGGUUUAUUCAUUAUUGUUCAUUGAAUAUGUUCCAAUCUCGAACCUUUAGGCCUCCACUUGUGUCUGGACCUUAAUUGCUGCAAACCAAACAUCUAACUAAAUGUCCCAGACUCUCUAACUCCUCAGGGCCUCGAUGGCUGUCGACUUGGCAUCAUUUCACAAUAUAAGUUAUCGCUCCAAGACCUCAUUUAGGCCAAGUCCACCUAGACCAUUGCCAGCCAGUACACAUAAGCCGAUUGCCCGUCCAAGACCUCUUCUCGCUAGAGCGGACGAGGAAUGUAUAAGCUCGGCUUCAAUCAAGGCCGUUGGACAUUGUCUCUGGAAUUCAUGCAAGAGACUGCACCGUACUAAAGGAACAAGAAAGCAGGGCCUGACCAGCAGUCAGGGACACUGCCCUAUAUGAGCACUCGAAACGAACUGCAGAGCCAUCGUAUGUCCGAAACGCUGCUGAGGGAUGCUAUGUCGUGCACGUGAAAAGACGCUAUCGGCCUAUCGUAUCGACAGCUCAACUAACUCAGAAAGAAUGGCUUGUGCUUCUCGCACAGUUUGUGUGGCCGAGACUGGCUGGUUGAUGUGAUCUUUUUGUAUGGUCAUUCAAUGUUCAUCCAGGUAGUUAUCUCUUCAGCCACUGACUAGGGAACGAGUUAACGACUUUGGUCACUUUCAAGGUUCGAUGGCAUCCGGAAAAACUCCAUCUACCAACACUAGGUACCAGCGAAUCAACGGAACUUGCAAUCUCUCCGAAUGGGAAUAACGCCCAUCGAAGCAGGAGAAAGGAAUAUAAGAGUCCUUCGACAGUUACUGUGAGCGUUUCUGCAGUUAUUUGUCCCGAUUAGGAAGUGCUCAACGUCUACCUUGACUCCGACUGAAAAGCCGCUGACAUUCUUCUUCGCAGUUUUGAUCUUCCAACAUUGCAUUGUUGAACGUGCAUGCUAAAUGUCUGCAGGGUUCCCGGCGCUAAGAC